AUGUUCCUGACCUGCGAGGGGACCUUGGGGAUCGUUCCGGCCACCAUGGACUACAACGUGCAAGCCCGGCCGGGCCAUUUCCACGCUGGCUACCAACAGAUCGAAGGCAUCAACUUGGGCUACUUACAGAUCAACGGCACUCAGAUGUUCGCGCUGGCCCAGGUGCUCAGCGACCUGUUCAAGGACAUUCCCAGGACCACCAUCAGCAAGAAGAUGGAAACCUUAAAGAUCAAGAGCCGCCGCUGCGACCUGGCCGAGCUGCGGACCCUCAAGGCCAUCAACUCGGUGCCCACGCGCGCCGUGAAGUGCUCGCUCAUCUCCAAGGCGGACCUGGAGGCUCUCUGCACCUCCUGCAAGAGCCUCCGCCGGAGGAAGAGGAGGAGGAAGAGCAGGAGAAGGGAGCAGCUGCUGCUGCCGGGCCCCGGGGAGUUCUUCCCCUGCCCGCGGCCCCCGCCCUGCCGAGCCGGCGGCUGCUGCGGUGCCCCCGGCCGGGCCGGGCCGCCCCCCGGCCCGCAGCAGCUCCAGCCCGCCCGGGGGGGGCUCUUUGGGGGGGUCCUGGCCGGCUCCCCCCGGGACCUGGCGCUGCUGGGCCCCGCGGCCGUGCAGCCCUGCGCGCUCCCGGUGCCCGCGGGCCGGCACCGGCGGGGCCCGGGCUGGCCCCGGGGGCUGCUCCCGCACGGAGCGGGGCCCGCGGCCGCCAGGAAGGGCCGGUGCCGCGGCUUCCCCGCCUCCAAGCGCCAGGGAACGUCCGCCGGCUACUCCAGCGACUCGGACUCCAGCCUGGACCUCGCCGCGUCCAGCCCCGCCACCUCCAGCGACUCCUCGGAGGAGGAGGAGGAGGAAGAGGAGGAGGAGGAGGAGGAGGAGGAAGGGGACAGCUCGUGCAGCAGCGAGGAGGGCAGCUCCUCGGAGUCCGAGAGCAGCUCGCUGUGCAGCGGGGACUCGGUGCAGAGCACGCGGUACCGGCAGGCGGCCCUGCCCCGCUUCCAGCCCCCCCGGGAGCCGCUCGGGGAGGAGCGGCCGGCGGAGCCCCCCUCGAGCAAAGCGCUGCGCCCCGACCCCGAGCUCCUCUUCCUCUCGCAGCACCUCUGGGCCCGCACCCUGCGAGCGUCAACUUUGGAAAGUUUGAGCGCGGCCGCAGGGCCGGGGGCUCAGCCGGGGCUCUACGCGAGGCACGAGGCCUCCCCUGCCUCCUCCUCCUCCUCUUCCUCCUCCUCCUCCUCGUCGCCUCCUCCCUCCCCGAGCAGCAGCAGCACCCGCACCCCCGGGGGGGCCCCGCCACAAAAGGAGCGCGGCUUUGGGGACGCCGGAGGGAAGGAUUUGCACAAAGAUGCCUCGAACAAAAGCUCCUCGUUAGAGCGGCCCGGCGGAGCCUCCCCGGGGCCGGCGCCUUCCCCCGAACCGGCCCCGGAGCUGCGGGCGAGCCCCGCUGCCCUCGGCGAGCCCCGGCCGGAGCAUUUCGACCGCUUGAUCCGCCAGUCCAAGCUGUGGUGCUACGCCAAGGGAUUCAACGUGGACGGGAAAAGUUUGCGGCACGGCCGGGGCAGCCCGGAGCCCUGGAGGGGAGCGGAGCUGCGCUUCCAGCCCCGCGGAGGAACCGAGAGCCCCGCGGCGCUGCGGGGCCGCCAGGACGGCAACGCCAAACGGCGGCGCCUGGCCAGGGUCAGCGAGAGGCAGCGCGGCCCCUCCAAAGCCAGGCCGCCAAAAACUCCCCGGAGGAAUUCCAGGAAGGGAAACGCUCCCUGCAAAGCCAGCCCGCCUCGGAAUUCCUUCAGCCUGAUGGGCAACUUCCCCUGCACGCCCUCGCUGGUGGUGGGCGAGGACGGGGACCUGUGCCCGGCCUCGUCGCUGGGUGGCAAAAACUCCUGGGCGCUGUCCAAGACGCACCCGCUGUGGCGGUGGCACCUGGGGGGCAGCGCCAUCCCCGUGCCCCCCAGCCUCAAAUUCCGCGGCUGCGCCAGCCUGGAGGAUCCCUGAGCAGCGCAGGAAAAACCCCAGGAUUGCGGGAGGUGCCCGGGAUGGGAGCGGGGUCAGCCCAGCCCCGCGUGGGGAAGGGGCUGCCCGGAGGAGCCGCGCGGGGAUUCGGGGCUGAUUUGGGGCGAUUUGGAGCUGAUUUUGGCUCUGA